AUGGUCCUCGAAGCGCUCACAGACGACGCAUUUAUCAUCCCAGCCUUCGUUUUACUCACUGUCUUACCGGUCACGUACGGUUUCCUCAAAGCAACCUUCUUCAUUCUCUACCUCCAGCUGUUCUACCAGCUCCGAUGGAUGCGCAUCGGCGCCACAGUCGGGCUUUCCGUCAACGUUGCGACCUACACAGCGUUCACGAUUGCGACGCUGUAUCUCUCCAUCGUGCGUAACAUAGUCGUGUACGGGAUGGUCGCUAUUCCCAUCUCCGCUUUCGGACUCGCUUCCGACAUCACAAUCCUCCUUCUGCCUAUCAUCGCUGUCGCCAACCUGAAGGUCACCAGGAGGAAGAAGUUCGGCGCUAUGCUGAUCUUCCUUUCAGGCCUGAUGGCAUGUGUCUGCUCGGCUGUAGCGUUGUAUUUCCGAACGAGGAAGGGUACGACGGAGAAUGUUAUAUACCUACUAUUUGCGACGAACAUCGCCAUAACGUGCGAGCUGAUGAUAGGCGCCAUGUGUGCCUGCAUGCCCUCGUUGGCAUAUACGUACAGGAACGGGCAAGCUUUCCAGGGCAUCCGGGAUAGAUUGUCAAAGCUGAUGCCGCCGAUCUUUCUUCGCGGACGCCCUGCGACCCUGCCGACGAUAAGGCAUGCCGCGAGCGACGAGGAUCUGAGCCCUGUUCUGCGGAAGUCGAGCUCGCCUUCGACAAAGUCAUUCGAAGACAUCGAGCUGGUGGACUUCUAUCGAGGCGUUAGUGUUCAUGCUGGCUGA